UAACUGGCCCAUGGACUGGGAAGAAGAGCAGGUCAGCAGCCCAAACAUUCUGCGAGUCGUUUAUCAAGGCAGAUUUCUACACGGGAACGUCACCCUAGGAGCACCAAAACUUCCUCUCAGCAAAACAACAGUGAUGCAUUUGGUGGCCAGAGAGACCCUGCCAGAGCCCAACUCACAAGGUCAGAGAAAUCGGGAGAAAACUGGUGAGAGCAACUGCUGUGUGAUCCUGUAACAGCCUGGCACAGAUGUGGCAGAGGAGGCU